GGGUUGCACCCUUGCACGCAACGGGCAGGAUAAGAAGAAGUGGAACCCGGGCUCCGACAUCAAGGACGCGCUCUCCCUGCACAAGCAGACUUAGCUCGCCGGGCUGCAGCAUGACUCUCUGGGAUGGCGUGCUGCCUUUUUACCCCCAGUCCCGGCAUUCAGCUGGCUUCAGCUUCCCGCUGCUCGUCGUCAUUCUGGUGUUUUUGAGCUUGGCCAUCAGCUUCUUGCUCAUCUUGCCCGGGAUUCGUGGCCACUCGCGCUGGUUCUGGUUGGUGAGAGUUCUUCUAAGUCUGUUCAUAGGCGCAGAAAUUGUGGCCGUGCACUUCAGCGCAGAAUGGUCAGUAGGUAGGGUGAGCACCAACACAUCCUACAAGGCCUUCAGCGCAGCGCGCAUCCGAGCCGACAUCGGUCUGCAUGUGGGCCUGGAGGGAAUCAAUAUCACACUCAAAGGGACCCCAGUGCAGCAGCUGAACGAGACCAUCAACUACAACGAGCAGUUUCGCUGGCGCCUGGGCGAGAACUAUGCGGAGGAGUACGCGGAAGCGCUGGAGAAGGGGCUGCCUGAUCCAGUUCUCUACUUGGCGGAGAAGUUUAGCAGGAGCAGCCCCUGCGGGCUCUACCGCCAAUACCGGCUGGCGGGACACUAUGCUUCGGCCACGCUGUGGGUGGCGUUCUGCCUCUGGCUCCUCUCCAACGUACUGCUCUCCAUGCCCGUCCCGCUCUAUGGAGGCGUGUCGCUCCUGGCCACCGGCACGUUCGCGCUCCUGUCUGUCGUGGUCUUCGCCUCCAUCGCCAGUGUGCCGCUCUGUCCUCUCCGCCUCGGCUCCUCUGCGCUCACCACUCACUACGGUGCCGCCUUUUGGAUCACGCUGGCCACCGGGGUCCUGUGCCUCCUCUUGGGAGGGGCCGUGGUGAGUUUCCACUAUGCUUGGCCCAGCGCUCUUCGUACCUUCUUGGACCUAAACGUCAAGGACUGCGGUAACCACUCAAGAGGGCGCUCGCCUCUCAAUUUCCAAAACUCAAUAAUAAUACACAAGCAAUUCGGGGCCUCGGACUCAACGAUCAGUACUAACCUAUAAAAGAGACUCCUACUCCGCCUCGGUCACCAGUAGGCUGGGAGCAGUGCUCCGGGAGCCGCGCUGCGCUGCUGGAGUCCAGAGAAAGGUGGGCAGCCUCAGAUA